UGGAGCAAAAAUAUUCAUCCCCACUUAACAUGUCAAUCAGGAUUAAUGCCCUUACAAACCUCCCCUUGGGUUCAUCCAGGUCCUUUCACUAGUGUAGCCUAUCGAAGCCAGGGCAGAGGCGGUAAUAUAUAAGGCAGGACGGGACAGGACAGGAACACAACACCAAAAGCCCAGCGGUUUCAGUAGCGCACACCACGGAGCGUCGCUGGACUUGUGUUUCACGUUUCUGCGUCUCUAGCAGUGGUUGACAUGCGUAAUGACUGAUCACUCACUCAUUUCGACAGCCUGAUGCAUGUCGACUAACAUGUCAGAGCUCCUUGAAGUGACACACUUCGGCAUUUUUAAUAUUUUUUCGCCAGUGGAUUACUCAUGCAACGCUUUCUGAGGCUGCAGAUGAGAUUGUUUGCAUGCGGAUAAAUUUGCAGGAGCUCCUAAAUCCCUGUUUCUGCACUGUGCUCACUGUUGGAGGAUAUCAGUAGUGCACGCAAACUUGCAGCGUAAACAUUGUACUUAUCGGCUGCCCGCAAGCACUUUUCCGAGAUGGAUUUGAAGAGCGCCUGUCGUAUGUUUCUUUUCCCGGUUCAAAUGCUCUACUAUAUAGUCAGAGCAAGUUUGUUUUCGCUGUUACCAAGCAGAAGGAAGGACCUGACCAAGGAGGUGGUAUUGAUCACCGGUGGGGGACGAGGCAUCGGUCGUCACCUGGCCAAAGAGUUUGCCAAGCAGGGGGCCAGAAAGGUGAUCUUGUGGGGCCGAACAGAAAAGUGUCUCAGAGAAACAGCUGAAGAGAUCUCUCACUCAGGAACAGAGUGCCAUUACUUUCUGUGUGAUGUGGCCAAUCGGGAAGAAGUUUACAAGCAAGCCAAGGUGGUUAGAGAAAAGGUGGGAGAUGUUACGAUAUUAGUGAACAAUGCAGCUGUAGUCCACGGUAAAAGUCUGAUGGACAGCGAUGACGACGCCCUUCUGAAAUCCCAACACAUCAACACCAUGGGACAGUUCUGGACUACAAAGGCCUUUCUGCCUAGGAUGCUGGAGCUGCAGCACGGCCAUGUAGUAUGCAUAAACUCCAUCCUGUCGCAGUCUCCCAUCCCUGGAGCCAUAGACUACUGCACCUCCAAGGCCUCAUCACUGGCCUUCAUGGAGAGCUUGACACUGGGCCUGCUGGACUGUCCUGGUGUUGGCUGCACUACAGUCCUUCCCUUCCACACCAAUACAGAGAUGUUUCAAGGCAUGAGAGUGAGAUUUCCGCAGCUCUUUCCACCUCUCAAACCUGAGGUAGUUGCUCAGAGGACUGUUGAUGCAGUCAGAGCUGACAAGGCUUUUCUCUACUUGCCUUGGACCAUGCAUGCCCUCAUCAUUCUUAAAAGCUUCAUGCCACAAGUUGCACUUGAAGAAAUACACAAGUUUUCUGGAAGUUAUACCUGCAUGAACACUUUCAAAGGGAGGACAUGAACCUGGAAAGAGGUUCAGAGCAACCUCAACAGCUCUGGGUUACAAUUAAGGAAAUAUGGACCUUGCAACAUCCAGAAGUGAAGGAGGCCCCAUGAUAGUGUGAAGAGAAAUACUUAGGGGACAUUUGCAAAGUGGUUGCUUCUACAGGUAGAAUUAUUGGUCCCAUUUGUAUGUGUGUGACUGUGUGUGGCCGCACAUGCAUGUUUGUGUGUGCGUGUAUCAUAUGGUGGACUGAGUACGAUUCUCACUUUGAACAGAAGCCAUGCAUAGGUCUGUACCAGUAGUUAUUCUGGGAGUUUUUUGUGACACUUGUUUUAGUCAUGUUUUUAUGCUUCUUUUUUAUUCUCCUUUUAAUGUGUUUUUGGAUUAAAACAAGAUAAUAAAAUGGAGUUUUAGAAACGCACUGUGUUUCUUUGUGCAUGAUGAAAUAGAAUAAGUCAACACUUGGGAGGUACACAUUGUUUUAUGUCUGGGUUUUGACUCCCAUGGCAGUGUGAUAACACCUUUUGAUUUAUUCCAGGCAUGAGAUCAGUGACUAUGACAGACGAUGUUGUCAAAACAUAAAACACGCUU